AUGAAUGAGAGCAACGCGCUUGUGUCUUCUGCUAAAAAGACUGAAACCUCUGGGGGGGACUUGUUAAAAGGCGAUUCAUCCAAGCCCCCCACGCAGAGCUUAAAGCCCCUUCUGAACAAGAAACGCAACAGCAUUGCCAGGAUCAACGUCGUCUACGCCGUCUCUUCAUGGGACGACGCAUCGUCUGCACAAUCCAGCAUUGCACCGCAACGUGACGCAAAAGGAGGAGGAGCUUCCAACGGCUCUCCAAAGCCCACCUGUGAUGGUCCGACCUCCUGGUUGACCUCUGAUGAAGAUACAGGGCCUAACUUGACGUCGUCAGCCUCGUCCGCAUCCGAGGAGCGCUGUACAUAG